AUCACCGCGCAUGUCAGGUAGCGGCGCCGCGCGGAGCUGCCGCUCGUGUUCGCAACACGGUUUGGCCUCUCGAGCUUUUGGCUAAAAUGAGCGUUCACAGGGCCCGGUGUUGAGCUGGUUUGUGGAAAGGUAGUGGUGCAGACGGGCGAUGUUCCAGAAUUGAAAGCAGACUUGGUCAGAAUUUGGAUGAAAAGUUUAAUGCCUUAUUACGUUGAAGUGUAUCAAAUUGCUUCACAGAGUUUUCUUUAAAUUGUAGUGAAGAACUACCAAUGAGGAGCAGUUAAAGAUGGGAGACUACUAAGCCCCUUGCUCUGUGUGGAGAGUGCAGGAAGUAGGUCUGAAGGAGCUGAGGCACCAUUGGUAUCAGAGAGACAUGACACCGAGACGAGUGCUGCAAGCCAUGCACAUAUACCUGCAUAAAACAAGGAUUUACCAUUUUCCACAAAAUGGGCUUCCUGCUGCACUGUUGAAAAUAUCUUGCCUGAGAUUCUGCACUGCCAUUCAGAAUGACCCAACCAAGAGCACCAAAAGGCCAGAGAAUCGGAUUCUGUUAAACAAUUUGUCUUUCUUGGGUGUGGACAUAAAAAUGGCAAGAAAAAGGCAGCCGGGAGUUUUGAGAAGGGAGACAACAAACGAAAAAGGACUUGUACAGUUCUUGAGAAACAAAGGAGCUGAUCACAAGACAAUUGCCAGUAUCAUUUCACGGUACCCCCGAGCCAUCACGCGUUCCAUUUGCCACCUGGAAGAAAGGUGGCAGUUGUGGAGAAACAUAUUUAAGGUAGACUCAGACAUUAUAAAGAUUGUCGAACGUUCCCCAGAGUCCUAUUUUCGUUCAAGUGACAAUGAGAAUCUAGAAAAGAACAUAAAUUUUCUUUGUUCGCUUGGUCUGACAGCAAAGGACUUGCAUCGCAUGUUCACAACUGCCCCCCGCACAUUCUCCAAUAGCUUGGAGCUGAACAAGCAGAUGGUGGAGUUUCUGCAAGAACUCUGUGUGUGUUUAGGUGGUGAUGAUCCCAAUGAUUUUGUUAAACGGAUCAUUACCAAGAAUGUGUACAUACUUAUACGAAGCACUAAACGGGUCAAAUCCAACAUUGAAUUUCUCAAAGAAUCUCUUAAACUGACUAAUGAUACCAUCUUAAAGCUUCUUCAAGGCCAAGGUGCUGAUCUUUUGGACCUCUCCAAUCACUACAUUACAGUAAAUUUCAAUAAUGCAGCUAAAAAAUUGCGAUUACUAGAUUGUACAGAUGAGGAGAUCAGGAAGUUUUUUACUACGUAUCCUCCGGGACUCUAUGUCUCAUCUGACAAUCUUUCCAAUAAAAUCGAUUGUCUCCUAGAAGAUACAAUAUGUAUUGAACAAAUACUGAAGUCACCAAGGGUAUUGGAAUGUAGUGUGGCCACUUUGAAAAGUCGUCUAAAUAAGUUAGCAAAGGUUAGAUAUAACUUUGAAGAUCAGGGCAUCUCUAUUUUGGAGUACAGUAGAAAGCGAUUUGAAGCAAAAUUAGAGAAACUAAAUGAAGAAUUGUAGAAGUUUUAAUUUCCUUUCAUGUUUGCCUCGAAAUGACAGUCUCUACACUUUACACUAUGAAGUGCUUUGAUUACGAUGCAUAAUGUAUAAUUCUUUAUAUCAUGUAAUAUGUAUCUUUUUCCAUGUAUCUGAUUGAGUUUCACUUACAAACACUUUUUUUUCUAUUUCCCAUUAUAAGUUGUACUGAACUACCUAAUCAUUAUUGAAUGAAAACAUUGUGGACUGUAUGGUUACUGUACUGAUUUGGUCUUUCAAACAUUUAUAAAGUAGUGAAUACAAUCAAUUAAAACUAAAACUCUUUUACAAUG